ACAGCGGCCCGAGUAAACAAGCCGCGCCGCCGCGGCCGGGCCGCUGCCCCCGCCCGCCGCCGGAGCCCGAGCCCGAGCUCAGGCCGAGUCCUGCCGCUGCUCGCCGGCCGGGGCAGGCCGCGCGCCGCCUUCCCGCCUCCGCGCCGUGACGCUGCUGCCGGGCGCGGGGACCGCGCCGAAGCAGGCCCCGCCGCCGGGCUCUCCGCGCGGCCGAGGGGCGCCGGAGCCGCCGCCACCGCCGCCGCGCUUGCCCGGAAAAGUUUCCCCGCCCGGGCUCCCUGGGAGCUUCCGGCCUCCCUCCUCCUACCCUAGCCCUGCCCAUUUCAGCCUCAUGCCCCCACCAACCAGCCCGGGACCACAAGCAGGGAACAGGCGAGUGCGAGCCAAGGCCUUGUGACCAGGCCGAGGAGACAGGAGCUCCGAGGUCCCGGCCACCUGCCCCCCACAUGGAGCUGAGGCCCUGGUUGCUCUGGGUGGUCGCGGCAGCAGGAGCCCUGGUCCUGCUGGCAGCCGAUACCUGUGGCCAGAAGGUCUUCACCAAUACGUGGGCUGUGCGCAUCCGUGGGGGCCCAGCGGUGGCCGGCAGCGUGGCACGGAAGCAUGGAUUCGUCAACCUGGGCCAGAUCUUCGGCGACUAUUACCACUUCUGGCAUCGCGCAGUGACAAAGCGGUCCCUGUCGCCUCACCGCCCGCGGCACAGCCGGCUGCAGAGGGAGCCUCAAGUGCAGUGGCUAGAGCAGCAGGUGGCCAAGCGACGGAGCAAACGUGAUGUGUACCAGGAACCCACAGAUCCCAAGUUCCCCCAGCAAUGGUACCUGUCUGGUGUCACCCAGCGGGACCUGAACGUGAAGGAAGCCUGGGCCCAAGGCUACACAGGGCACGGCAUUGUGGUUUCCAUUCUGGAUGAUGGCAUUGAGAAGAACCACCCGGACUUGGCAGGCAAUUAUGACCCUGGGGCCAGUUUCGAUGUCAACGACCAGGACCCCGACCCGCAGCCUCGGUACACACAGAUGAAUGAUAAUAGGCACGGAACACGGUGUGCAGGUGAAGUGGCUGCGGUGGCCAACAAUGGUGUUUGCGGUGUGGGUGUGGCCUACAACGCCCGCAUUGGAGGGGUGCGCAUGCUGGAUGGCGAGGUGACAGAUGCAGUGGAGGCACGUUCGCUAGGCCUGAACCCCAACCACAUCCACAUCUACAGCGCCAGCUGGGGCCCCGAGGACGAUGGCAAGACCGUGGACGGACCAGCUCGCCUGGCAGAGGAGGCCUUCUUCCGGGGGGUUAGCCAGGGCCGAGGGGGGCUGGGCUCCAUCUUUGUCUGGGCCUCUGGAAACGGGGGCCGGGAGCACGACAGCUGCAACUGUGACGGCUACACCAACAGCAUCUACACACUGUCCAUCAGCAGCGCCACACAGUUUGGCAACGUGCCCUGGUACAGCGAGGCCUGCUCGUCCACACUGGCCACCACCUACAGCAGCGGCAACCAGAACGAGAAGCAGAUCGUGACCACUGACUUGCGGCAGAAAUGCACAGAGUCUCACACGGGCACCUCAGCUUCCGCCCCCUUGGCAGCUGGCAUCAUCGCACUUACCCUUGAGGCCAACAAGAACCUUACCUGGCGGGACAUGCAGCACCUGGUAGUCCAGACCUCCAAGCCAGCUCACCUCAAUGCUAACGACUGGGCCACCAACGGUGUGGGCCGCAAAGUGAGCCACUCAUAUGGCUACGGGCUCCUGGAUGCAGGCGCCAUGGUGGCCUUGGCUCAGAACUGGACAACGGUGGCCCCCCAGCGGAAGUGUGUCAUUGACAUCCUCAUGGAGCCCCGGGACAUCGGGAAGCGGCUGGAGGUGCACAAGACAGUGACUGCCUGCCUGGGCCAGCCCAACCACAUUACCCGGCUGGAGCACGCCCAGGCACGGCUCACCCUGUCCUACAACCGCCGUGGUGACCUUGCUAUACAUUUGGUCAGCCCCAUGGGCACCCGCUCCACCCUGCUGGCUGCCAGGCCGCAUGACUACUCGGCAGAUGGCUUCAAUGACUGGGCCUUCAUGACCACCCAUUCCUGGGAUGAGGACCCCUCUGGCGAGUGGAUCCUGGAGAUUGAAAAUACCAGCGAAGCCAACAACUACGGGACACUGACCAAGUUCACCCUCGUGUUAUAUGGCACGGCUCCCGAAGGGCUGCCUACACCUCCCGAGAGCAGUGGCUGCAAGACACUCACGUCCAGCCAGGCCUGUGUAGUGUGCGAGGAAGGCUUCUCCCUGCACGAGAAGAGCUGCGUCCAGCACUGCCCACCAGGCUUUACUCCCCAAGUCCUUGACACACACUACAGUACCGAGAAUGAUGUGGAGACCAUCCAGGCCAGCGUCUGUGCCCCCUGCCAUGCCUCAUGUGCCACCUGCCAGGGGCUGGCCCCCACCGACUGCCUCAGCUGCCCCAGCCACGCCUCCCUGGACCCCAUGGAGCGGACGUGCUCCCGACAAGGCCAGAGCAGCCGCGAGUCCCCGUCGCAGCAGCAACAGCAGCAGCCACCAGGGCCACAACCUGAGGCUGUGGGGGAACCACGGCUACAGGCUGGGCUGCCGUCCUCACACCUGCCUGAGGUGGUAGCCGGCCUCAGCUGCGCCUUCAUUGUGCUGGUCUUCAUUACUGUCUUCCUGGUCUUGCAGCUGCGCUCGGGCUUCAGUUUCCGGGGGGUGAAGGUGUACACCAUGGACAGAGGCCUCAUUUCCUACAAGGGGCUGCCCCCUGAGGCCUGGCAGGAAGAGUGCCCGUCCGAUUCGGAGGAGGAUGAGGGCCGGGGCGAGAGGACCGCCUUCAUCAAAGACCAGAGCGCCCUUUGACGCGCCCGCUGCCUGCCCCUCAAGCCGAUCUCGUCUGGCACUUUUUACUUCACCAAAGUAUUUUUUUAAUCUUGGGACUGAGUUUGGGCCUCCGCUGGGGGGCCAGAGGGGGCAGACUACUUCUCACCUUCCCCUGGGGCCCAGCUGGCCUGUGAGGGCCUUGGGGAAGGGGGUGUCGGAGCAGGACCAGCUGAGGGUACAGAGGAGGGCCUCUGUCCACCCCAGUACCCUGCUCAUGUGGAGAAAGGAGCGAAACCUCUGGGGCCUGGCUAGCGUGCUGCUGGGUGGACGGGAAGGCCCUUCCUUGUUUGAGUCCUGCCCUGUGCUAGGGCUCCGCCUCUCCCCUGCCCUCUAAAGCAAUAAUGGUCCCCAUGCCAGCAGCAGGGCAGCUGGCCCCAGAGGGACUCGCAGAAGGCCACCUCUCCAAGGGCUUUUACGUUCCUGACCCAGUGACCCCAGCCCCGGUGAGCCUGGGUGGAAAUAGCUGUCAUAGGAAGGGACCAAGGGGAGGGUGGCGCUGCCUCCACACUUGGUGCCCACAGCACAGCCGGCUGCCAGGCUGAGCUGGGCUGUGGUGGCCCUGCCACCCUCCCCUCCCGCCAGGGCCCAUGUCCCUGUAUCUGAGCCCGGGGCUGCCUGGGCUGUUGGCACUCACAGUCCCGGAGCCCCUGGGUGGUGGUGGAGAGGGACGGUGGCCCCCGCUGGCCCCUCCUGCCUGCCAUCCGAUGCUGCUUUCCCCUGUGGGGACCUCAGGAGCUGUUUGAGGAUAUAUUUUCACUUUGUGAUGAUUUCACUUUAGAUGCUGAUUUUUUUUUUUUUUUUUGUAUUUUUACUGGGGGUAGCAGCUGGACCACCCACCUCCUCAUACCCACCAUCCACCCUGCCCUUUGCCAGCUGCCUUGGGCCAAGGUGUGGGGGCUGCAGCAGGUGGCUGAGGACCGUGGAGCAGCUGGGCCCCAAGUCCUGAGGUGGGCUCCAGGAAGGGGGGUCACGGUGGAGGAGGCAGGCCGACAUCUGCGUUGGCAGCAGGGGCUCACUGCGCCAAGGGCCUGUGUGUGGGGCACUGGCUCCCCAUGUGUGCUGGGGGUGGACAGGCAGUGACCCCGAGUACCCCCAACACCGUGCCCUGGUGGAGAAAAGCACUGACCUGUCACCCCCAGCCCCCUCUUCUGAUGUGCCUUUUGCACCCCUCCCAGUAGGACAAUCAGCCCCCUCCCACGUGGGAGCCCCCUUUUGUGCUCUCUCUCCCCAGUUCCCAGCCACCUGCCCAGGGGUGCCCCCUCCCCCAAACCCUCUUUCCACCCUGUGGCCAGCCCGGCUGGUUUUGUAAGAUACUGGGUUGGUACGCAGGGACUUUUUUUUUUUUUCUUGUAAUUUAAACAGGCCCAGCAUUGUUGGCUCUAUUUAAUGGACAUGAGAUAAUGUUAGAAGUUUUAAAGUGAUUAAACGUGCAGACUAUGCAAACAGGC